UUGGUAGCCAUCAGUUGCUUUCCUAUCACCAUCCAAUACAAACGAUCCAAACUAUUUCCUCUAAAAUGUUCGCUAAAGUGAUCAUCAUUGCCACCUUGGCCAUCGCCAGCGUCGCCGCCAAGCCAGGAGUGCUCGCCGCCCCAGCAGCAGCUGUUGCCUAUUCAGCCCCACUGGUGGCCACCGGACCGGCCUUUGCCCCAGCCGUUGCCUACACUGCCGGAUAUGCCAACGUGGGAGACUCCGCAGUGGUUACCUCGCACAACUCGCAGCUCAUUGAUCCGUCCUAUGCCGCCUACACUGCCGCUGCUCCGUUGGCAUACUCUGCUGCUGCCAUUCCGGCUGUUGCCGCUGCCCCUUAUGCUGCCCGUCUUGCCUACGCCGCGCCAUUGGCCACCAAGUUUGUGCUGUAAAUCGACUGUUAGUUUGUGUCGUUGACUAGAAUUUCCAAUCAUUUUCUUCUACAAAACGUUUCAAAGUCUAUCAAAUAUAAAUUAUAACAAAAUUAA